UUUGAUCGCAACGGUGAUGUGGUUGCGAAGUAUCGAAAGUAUCAUUUGUUCGGUGAGGACGGAGUGCAACAGACUCAAACGCCCGAUUUAACAACAUUUAGAACCGAUUUCAACGUAACAUUCGGUGUGUGCGUUUGCUUUGAUCUAAUGUUUGACAAACCAGCCAACAGCUUAGUCGAUCAAGGAGUCAAACACUUUGUUUAUCCAACGAUGUGGUUCUCGGAAAUUCCGUAUUUGACAGCCGCUCAAUAUCAGCAAAGUUGGGCGUACGCGAACAAUGUAAAUUUACUGGCAGCAAAUAUCAAUGAACCCAGCAUGAUGUAUUCGGGCAGUGGAAUCUACAGUGGACGAUCGGGUGCGUUGCAAGUAAUCGUCAGCGAAUCACCGGCAACAAAAAUUCUUAUAGCAAAGAUUCCCAUUGAUCCAUUGCCAACUGAACAUUAUCCAUCGAGAAAAUAUAAAGCAACGAAAGGAAAUUGUAUCGAAAAUAAAUUAAAAAUCAACUCGAAUGAAAGCAGUUUCCAACCCAAAAAAUAUCCGUUUGAAAUGAAACUUUACCAAGAUAACCUAACUGAAUACACCGUUACGUUUUUGGACUUCUCCAAAAAUCUCAAACAGAGCGGAAAAGUGUGCAACAAAGCCAUUUGCUGUGAUUACAACAUCGAAGUCAGCGACAAUGGCGAAUUGGAUGGAAAGUCAUCAUAUUCAUAUGCGAUAUCGGUAUUUAGUGGAUAUCGUCACUACAAUGGCAUCAAAAAUGUAGUAUCUGGCCAAGAAGUGUGCAGUUUGAUCGCUUGUCCUGAGAUGAACAUGAAGAAAUCUUGUGGAACUCGAAUAUCACCGUCACGAGUGCACAAUCGAUACAAUUUCACAAAAUUGUCGUUGAAAACGGUGCUUCCAGUCACUCGCAUGAAAGUCAUGCCAAAUACAUUGACCACAGACCUGCUGUCACUCAAUCCAAAUGAAUUUGAUUUCAAAAUGAAAUCGUAACAGUCUUACAAAAGCCGAUAACAUCAUUUCAAAUUGCUAUGAAAGAUUGCCAAUAAAUCUCAG